AUGAUAGAACUUAUUGUCUUUACACGUAGUCUAUAUAAUCUACGGUUUUAUUUAUUUCUUUUUGCUAUAUGAUCCUUUUAAAAAAUUAAAAUAGUUUAAAAACCCUUUUGUAGUUCUUCGUAUCUUUUCAGGAAAGUAAUGACUUUCUAAACCUAACUUCAAUUCAUCUUACGUAAGUUUGUACAAUUAACAACAGAAUGGGGAAUACAGUGUCUGCAGAUGCUAAUGUUAACAUAAAAGCUACUACAAAUAACUUAAAUCCACCACCUGAAUGUCCUAUGCACAACAAAGGAUCCAAGGAACAACAGGAAACGAAGAAAGUAUCAGAAUGCCCUGUACAACAUGGCACUGGAAGUGAUAUUAACCCUUAUAAUAUGAUGCCUCCAGCAAACCAGCAACCAUCCCCUGAUCAACCUUUUCCUCUUCCAACGCAACGGCAAGUCUCGACAAUUCCACGAGCUAUGCCCGAUGGUUCUACAGAAUUUUGGGUAUAUCCAAGUCAGCAAAUGUUUUGGAAUGCCAUGCUUCGUAAGGGAUGGCGUUGGAAAGAUGAAGAUAUAAAGCCAAAAGACAUGGAUGAUAUUAUUAGAAUCCACAAUGCUAACAAUGAACAGGCAUGGCAAGAAGUUCUGAAAUGGGAAGCUUUACAUGCUAAGGAGUGUGGACAUCCCAGACUAAAAAGCUUUGGUGGAAAAGCUACACAGUACAGCCCUAGGGCUCGUAUACGCUCUUGGCUUGGGUAUGAACUGCCAUUUGAUCGACAUGAUUGGAUUGUGGAUAGAUGUGGAAAAGAAGUUCGCUAUAUUAUUGACUAUUAUGAUGGAGGCGAACUUGACAACAAGUAUCAAUUUGCGUUGCUAGAUGUUAGACCAGCUAUCGAUAAUUUCGAGAAUGUUUGGGACAGAAUGAAAGUCAUGUAUAUGAGAUAUCGCUAUGAAUUGAUUGGUAAUAAAGGAGGAACCAAAUUAACUAAUUAAUUUGUGUGUAUUUGCAAAUUUAUCAUUUAUUUCCUUAAAAGUUUCUGUAUUAAGGUGAAUUGUACACAUUAAAUUUUAUUUUUUGUGGAGUUCUUCUGUCGGCAACAUUUGUCACUGCAGAAACUCUUUGUGAUUGUUUUCUAACUAUUUAUUUUAUUAGAUAUUCAUACUAAACCAAUUACGAGAUUCCAAAUAUUUCAUAAUCUCAUUAAGUAUAUUCAUAUUAUACCUAAAGGUAGAUGUAUUAUGAUAUCCUACUCGUAUUACAUUCGUCUUAACCCAUUAAUUCACUAAUAUAUUAUGAGUAAGUACACAUUAAUAUAAGUAGUAUGUACUUAAGACACAUAAAACCAUAUGUAAUUAUGUACAAAUAAUUUUAUUGUUGAAAUAAAAUUUUUUUGAGUUUGA